AUGGACGAGAUGCAGGGCAUGGAGGGCUUUACCCUUGAGCAGACGCCCGGGGUAGUCGCUGCCUCGGUUUCGAGGGGUCGGCCGGCUACGGCCAUGGUUUACCCGCCGCGGGCUCGGUCUCUGGCGUCGCAGACGCCCGGCUCGGCCCGGCUGCGCUCGCGGUCAACGACGUCAGCAGGCUCGCAGACCUCGAGCAGGCGGCGGACGCGUUCGCCGGCGCGGCCACGGACGCGUGGCGCUGCGGCCGACGAGCCGUUCUUCAUCGUCGCCCUGGCAGAGAACACCAAGCGCGAGCUCGGCGUCGCCGCCCUGGACCUCCGCUCCGGCCGCGCGCUGCUGCAUCAGUUCUCCGACUCGUACGCCUACAUGUCGAGCCUGGCCAAGAUGCAGCUGUACACUCCUCGCGAGGUACUGCUCUGUGACACCGUCUCGGAAGGCCUCGCCACCGCGCUCUCGGCCGGCCUGGCCCACUCGGACGCAGAUGGUGGCCAGCCGGCCAAGCUCGUCAAAGUCGCGCGCAAGUACUUUUCCGACACCGCAGGUGUACUGACCAUUACCGAGCUUGCCAUCCCAAGCACCAAGGUGGUGGCCACCCGCGAGGCGACCAAGUACCUUGCCCUCGCCGCCUUUGCCGCGCUCAUCAAGUACGCCGAGUUCAUGCACUCGCUCCACUUUGCGCCGUCGUCGCUCGCCGUGCGCUUCGUGCCCGAGGAUGGGACACUGGCCAUGACCAGGUCGACGAUGCUGGCUCUCGAGCUUGUGACUAACGCGCGGACGGCGUCGUCGUCGCGGGCGUCGCGGGCGGUGGCGUCAGCGGCGGCGGCGGCGUCCUCCAAGCCGCUCGCUACCCUCCUUGCGCUGGUCAACUACACCGUGACCAAGAUGGGCUUCCGCCUCCUCCGGGCCAACAUGCUUGCGCCGCCGAACGACGUGGACACCAUCGGAACUCGCUCCGACACCGUCGACCUCAUCCUUGCCCACGAGCACAUGGCCGGGGCGCUGCAGGCUUCGCUUCGCUCGCUCACAGCCUCGGGCUCGCUCGAUCUUGACCAUCUUGUCGGCGUCCUCGUUCUCUGUCAGAAGAUGCAGGGCGCAGACAGCGCCCCCCCUCCGCCGUCGACGCUCCAUGCACCGUCGCCCGGCACGGUCAUCACCUCGCUCCUUGCGCUCCGCACGGUGCUUGACGGCCUGCCUCCGCUUGUGACCGCUCUGGCACCCGGUGAGGCGUCGCCGCUGCUGGCCGCCAUCCGCACCAACGCCUCGUCGACGCCGCUCGCCAAGCUCCACGGCCAUCUCCAGCGCAUGCUCACGCCCGAUGCAUCGUACGUCCGGGCCCCUGCUGCCGCACGCAUCCAGACGUGCUUUGCCAUUGCCACCGGCAUCGACGGCCUCCUCGACGUCUCCCGGACCAUUUUCUCGGCCUCGCUCGACGACAUCCAGGCCCACGUCACCGAUCUCGUCGAGAGGCACCCACACCUGCCGUCGCUGAGGUUGGCGUGGACCAAGCGGCGAUCGUUUCACCUCACACUAGCGGCCAAAGACGCACCAUCGGGCCCGGACCUCCUUCCCGACGUCUUUAUUUGCGUCUCGCGAGUCUCCAAGACCCGGUACAUCAUGACCACUGCGGUUUUGGACCAGCUCGCGGCGCGCAAUACCGAGUCGGAGCUCGAGAUCUAUCUCAUGUCAACCAAGGUUGCCGAGGGCAUGCUCGCCUACGUCCGCAGCGCCGCGGGCGCGCUGUACAAGCUCUCUGAGUCGCUCGCGCUUCUUGACAUGCUCGUCUCGUUUGCGGCGUACGCCGCCGAAGCACCGGUUCACCACACCCGCCCACACCUUGCAGCCGACGGUCCGCUCGUUCUCCCGCACGCGCGGCAUCCAAUCCGCGAGCUCACAUCGCCGACGCCAUGGGUGGCCAACUCGGUGUUCUCCGACCAGAUGGUCGCCUCCUUUGCACUCAUCACCGGUCCCAACAUGGCCGGCAAGUCCGCGUACCUCCGCACCACUGCGCUUUGCGCUGUCAUGGCCCACAUGGGCAUGCGCAUCCCAGCGGGCGAUGGCGCCGCGCUCCCGCUGCUCUCCGCGCUCCACACCCGGUUUGGAACAGAGGACUGCCUUGAGGCCAACGCGUCGGCUUUCACUGUCGAAAUGCGCGAGAUGGCACACAUCCUGGAGCUUGCCACUCCGGCAUCGCUUGUUCUUGUCGACGAGCUCGGCCGUGGAACAUCGACCGCCGACGGGCUCGGCAUCGCACUGGCGGUGGCGGAGGCUCUGCUCGCCACCCGGGCGCACACGCUUUUUGUCACCCACUUUCGCCUCAUGGCACUCCUGCCGCUGGUCAACCUCAACGCUCGCCUCCUCCUUGCGCUCCCACCGCCGCUCACAACCGGCGACGCGGCGCCGUCGAGCCCGUACGCCAUGACUGCCCCGGCCGAGGCCGAGGUUGCGCCGGGCGCUCCGGCGCCGGCGACCUCACCUCCGCGCCGGUACGGCCUGGCGCUUGCCGCCGCGGCCGGGCUCCCACCGCCCCUUCUCGACGCGGCAGCUUCACUUGCCGACGCGCUGGAGGGCAUGCGGCUGGCAUCGCUCCUCCGCUCGCAACGGACCGAGGCGCUGACGGCGUGUGCGCAUCGACGCGCCCGCGCUGCGCGCUACCACCUUCGCGCGCUGAGCAUGGUGCUUGCGCCGGGCUCGGCGCUUGCGCUGCCGGCGCGGCGCAGCUUUGUGACCGCCACCCAGGCAGCGCUCGCAGAGCUCCGCACAUGACGGCGCACGCCGAGCUCCACACAGGCGAGGGACAUAAACUGCACGCAUUGCUUCA